AACAACGCAGACGCUGCUCGCUUUUGUCGUGUUAUCACCAAUCAUUUCCCUUGCGGGGAGUUCAGAGAGCGAUUCAAUCUCCUCGGAGAUGGGAACGCAUAUUGCAUAUGCGGUCAGGGUGGACAUAAGGAAACCCGUGACCAUAUGCUCUUCGAGUGUCCUCUUUGGCUUCGCGUCAAAAAGCACUCCCAUAGUCCCUUCAUUGGUCCCUUCAGGUGGCACCAAACAAAGAAGGACACUUAUUACUCACGGUUCCAACGCACUUGGAAGCCGUCUGAUGUUCUCGACUUCUUGAAGUUGAACCCAUGGGUCGGGUCCUUCGAAUGGACCGAAAUUCUUGCGAAAUGCAAGGACGACCAUGCUGCCGGAUCCAAGCGCACCAUGGCUUGGGCCAGGCUUAAUGCACACACCGUUUGGAAACAACGGAAGUGGAAAGAAGUGCUGAACCGUAUGGGUAAACCCCCGCAAUACGUCAGCGUAUCAGACAAAGAGGUUGAAAAGUUC